AUGCACUUGAAAUUGCUGGUAGUACUGGAUAAAUUUUUUGUAAUAUUCUUUCUGCACUUCUGCAGAUAUUCAGCCUCCUUUGUGGACAAGAAAGAGAUACCACCUGACCAGUAUGCACUUGAAAUUGCUGGUUUCGCGGUGAAAGAGACUUCGAAACUGGGUCCUCGGCCAGAGAAGCCAAUUGAGAUAUAUGAAUUUGAAAGCUGCCCCUUUUGUCGGAAGGUAAGGGAAAUUGUCGCAAUUUUGGAUCUUGAUGUCUUGUUCUAUCCUUGCCCAAGAAAUGGCCCAAAUUUUCGUCCUAAGGUUGCUCAGAUGGGUGGAAAGCAACAGUUUCCUUAUAUGGUUGAUCCAAACACUGGAGUUGCAAUGUAUGAAUCAGAUGAGAUAAUAUAGUACCUGGU